AUGCUUGUGAACCCCCGAAUGCUCCUUACCUCUCGGGCAAAGAGCUGUUUCAAGGCCUUCUACUCACAACCCCAUGGCUCGCUGCAUCCGCAGCCGUCUGUGCAACGGCGGCGCACUGGAGCUGAAGGCUGCCCCUCAAUCUGCUGCGCUGCUUCAGUGACAGCGCAAGCCUCGGCGGCAUCAGCGUGGCUGGAUGCCAACAGCCAUAGACGGCAGCACUACAUCACUGAGCACAGCAGCAGCAGCAGCCGUAACAGCAGUAACAGCAGUAACAGCAGCCGCAGCAGCAUCAGCAGCACCAGCAGAAGCCACAGCAGCAUGCCGACCACUGUGCACGAUCUCCGUAUUUUGGAGAGAGUUUUGAGCCACAGCGGCACUCCGUCUGCUCCUGUGCUUGCAAAGGUUGCAGCAGCAACAGCAGCAACUGCAGGGGAUGCCUCUAGAGCUGCUGCAGGAAGCGGACGAGUUGUGCUGCUGCUGCUCAAUAGACCGUUCCCUUCUUACAUCAGCUGUUUACUCAAAAACGCAUCGUUAGUAAUUGCAGCAGAUGGCGCUACCAACCACAUGCUGCCCAUCUACCAUGCUGCUGAGGCCCAGCAGCAGCAGCAACAACAACAGCAGCAACAACAACCGGAAGGUAUACCGGAGGAAAGAAAAAGAAGCUCCCAAAACCCUUCCGUCGGGGCAGCUGCUCUCUUGCCUUCCAGUGUAUGUACACUGCAGUUACCCACCUGCAUAUGCGGCGAUUUAGAUUCUUCAAGCCCGGAGGCUCUUUCUUUCUUUGAAAGUCGAGGAGUGCCGGUGGUGCGUCUCCCUGACCAGAGCCAGACAGACCUAGAGAAGACAUUCGCCUUCUCAUUGAACAAAUAUUGCUUAUCUCCAAACGACACCGUCAUUAUCACGGGGGCUAUUGGUGGGCGCUUUGAUCACUCAAUAGCCGCAGUCAGUUUCCUGUACAAAGUUCAUAAUGACGCUGUAACUGAGUCGCAGCAGCCUCCCAAGGUGGUUUUGCUAGGAGGGUAUAACGCAUGUUUUUUGUUACCUGCGGGGGAUAACGAGGUGUUGCUUCCGAAUAAAGUCUUUACACAAGUUUGCGGGUUGCUGCCGAUGGCUGGGAAAGUGCGCAGCGUGACAACUGAAGGCUUGCAAUGGAAUGUGAGGGGCGAACCGUUGUUUGUGGGGGGCCUAAUAAGUUCUUCUAACGUGAGAGUCAACGACCAUAUCAAAGUAACCACGUCUGACCCUCUCGUCUUCUUUGGCGAGCUUAAAAAGGAUUUGUUGGCUCCCUAG